AUGUCGCAAAUCAAGGAUAUUGCACCAGCUCCUACCGAGGGCGAUUUGGACAAGCAGUCCUCCUCCGGUCCUGUGAACAUCAUCCCUUCACGCGAUGCCACGCCCGCUACCUCCGCAGCGCAGCAGGGCGACAACAUCGCCCAUGCCUUGGCCGGCGCAGGCGGUGGUCUGCUCUCCAUGACGCUUACAUACCCCCUGAUCACCCUUUCUACACGCGCUCAAGUCGAAUCCAAGCGCGCCGACACGUCCACCUUGGCUGCUGCGAAACAUAUAAUCAAUCGGGAAGGCAUCAGUGGCCUUUAUGCCGGUCUGGACAGCGCCCUGUUCGGCAUCUCCAUCACCAAUUUUGUCUACUAUUACUGGUACGAGUGGACCAGGGCUUUCUUCGAGAGAGCAGCCCUGAAAGCCGGUCGGGCCAGCAAGAAACUCACCACCAUUGAGAGCAUGAUUGCCGGCGCAAUUGCAGGAUCCGCCACCGUGCUUCUCACCAAUCCUAUCUGGGUCAUCAACACCAGAAUGACCGCUCGCAAAGGUGAUGCCAAGACCGAGGAACUGUCCGGCGACGAGAACAAGGAAGCCAAGAAGCCGAGCACCAUUCGCACCUUGCUGAAGCUCCUCAAGGAGGAGGGUCCGACCUCACUUUUCGCAGGGGUCAUCCCGGCCUUGGUCCUGGUCAUCAACCCGAUCCUGCAAUACACCAUUUAUGAACAGUUGAAAAACGCCUUGGAGAAGAGGAAGAAAGUCGGUCCUCGUGAUGCGUUCUAUCUCGGUGCCAUUGGAAAGUUGCUCGCCACGAGCAUCACAUAUCCAUAUCUUACCGUCAAGUCAAGGGCCCAUGUCGCGACCAAAGAUGCCCCGGUGGAAGGGAUGUGGAAGAGUCUGAACAAGAUCGUCAAAGAAGAGGGCUGGGGUGGUCUCUACAAAGGUAUCGGACCCAAAGUCAGCCAAAGUGUGAUGACCGCGGCAUUCCUCUUCGCCUUCAAGGAUGUCUUGUACGACAUGACCAUCGCAGCGCGCAGGCGAGCAAGAGCUGUUAAGGCUUGA